UCGUAUGUUAUCAAGAGGAGGUCUGGUACAAUGGUCUAUAAUUAUAAUGAACUAGCUGCAGCAAAAAUUUUGUGGAAAGGAAGAUAUUACCAGUUUCGGGAAAGUUUGGAUUUAUUGAAACUCAUCGAUCUGUCAAGCAAUAAACUAUUUGGUAAAAUACCUGAGGAACUGACAAGUCUGGUUGAAUUGGUUCAACUAAACUUAUCAAGGAACCAUUUAUAUGGACCGAUUCCAAGGGAGAUUGGUAAGAUGAGCAACCUGCAAGCACUGGAUUUCUCCAACAACAAUCUUUCAGGUACAAUUCCCACAAGCUUCGAGAAGCUAUCGUUUUUGGCAAACCUGGAUUUGUCAAAUAACAAAUUCUCAGGAAGAAUCCCUACGACCACUCAACUACAAAGCUUUAAUGCUUCUUCAUUCAUCGGAAACAUUGGACUUUGUGGUAAUCCUCUACCAAACUCAUGCUCCGAAAGUAACUCACAUCAUUCAACUAACAUUAAUGACAGUGUUGUUAAUGGUGGUAAAGAAUGGUUUGACAUGUCAUGGCUUCAAAUGGGAUUUGGAACUGGAGUUGGAGUUGGGUUCGCUGGAGUUUCUGGUUAUUUUUUGUUCAAUAUUUCUUGGAAACUAGCCUUUUUCCAAUUCUUAAAUAAAGUGAAAUUGGUUCUACAUGGAUGACACCAUUUUUUGUCAAAGCAGUUAAGGUGAAGAGCAGGUUUUCUAGCUAGCAGAAAAUAAGUGAAUUAAUAAAGAACUUGUUCAUCGUGGGCAAUGGUGUUGGUCUUACAUCAAAUGAGGUGGAGCUAGCGGCUUUAAGAUGGUUUCAAGUGUUCAGAGUUGAAAAAUAGUAAAUAUGUCUCAGUGUGAAGUUUUUCCAUUAUGCUACAUUAUAAG